AUGAACUCAUCGUCCCCCCGGCCGGGGACCACGCCGCCGGUAUCCGUUGCCAAUGUCCCGUACCUGGUGACAGAAGUCCUGACGGCGGUGGUCUCCGUGGUGGGCAACACUCUGAUCUGCGUGGCUGUCCUCAAUGACCGCCGGCUGCGUACUGUUACCAACAACUUCAUCCUGUCCCUGGCCGCAGCGGACAUCCUGGUGGGAGGCGUGGCCAUCCCCUGCGCCGUCCUCCUGGACCUGGGCGUGGCCCGGUGCGGACUCUACUCCUGCCUCCUCAUGCUCUGUAACCUCAUGACCUUCUCCUUGGCCUCCAUCUUCGGGCUCUUGGCUGUGGCGGUAGAGCGUUACAUCUCCAUCUUGUGUCCCUUCCGGUACGGCGCCGUGGUCACCCCCCGGGCCUCCGCGGUGGCGAUCGCGUGCACGUGGAUCCUGGCGGCCGUUGCCGGCCUCAUGCCGCUGAUGGGGUGGCGCAAACCUUUCCCUCCUGGAAGCCAAUGUCUGUUCGGCAGCCUGAUCUCCGAGUCGUACAUGGUCUACCUGGUCUUCUUCGGCUGCGUGGUCCCGCCCCUGGCGGCCAUGCUGGUCCUCUACGCCCGCAUCUUCCUGGAGGUCCGGCGGCAGAUCCGGCAGAUCGCGGAGUGGGAGGUCAGCCGCAGGCGCCGGAGGAGGCGCAUUGUGGUCAGAGAGUUCCGCGUGGCCUCCUCGCUCUUCCUCGUGGUCUUCUGCUUUGUGCUCUGCUGGUUUCCCAUCCACAUCCUCAACGUCCUCCGACUCUUCUCCCCAAGAUGGCCGCCCCCCGAGGAGCUGGUCCUCACCGCGGUCAUCCUCUCCCACGCCAACUCCGCCAUCAACCCCGUCAUCUACGUCUUCCGCAUGAGGACCUUCCGGCGGGCCGUGGAGGCCACGCUAUCCUGCUCCUGCACCGCCGCCUCCGUGGGAG